AUGGCCCAGCUUGAUGACUUUUACACGGCGGUGCGGCAUCUGAACGCCAUUGCCAAGGACGAAUGCGAAAACGCCAGCAAGUAUUUAGCCAGCUUCCAAAGCUCUGUCGAAGCCUGGAGCGUGGUGGACAGGGUCCUCGGCGAGGCCAAGGAUCCGGCCGCUUGUAUCUUCGCCGCCCAAACAUUAAGGCGCAAAAUGAUAAGAGAUUUCAAACAACUACCCGAGAAUACCCACGAAUCUUUGAGAAGUUCUAUUGUUGGUCAUUUAACGUGAGUUUCUUUUUGAAAUUUUGAAAAAAUGAAUUUUAAGGCGAAAUUUUGAUGAUUAAUGGCAAAAACUUUCUUUAAAAGACAUAAAUCGACAAAAAACUUUUUUUUUACAAAACUAAAAAUGCCAAGAACUUUCUUUACAAAACAGGAAAGAGCAAGAAAUUUUUUUAUAAAACAUAAUCUAAGAAAAAAUAUGACAAAUUUUGUUAUUUUUGGUCAAAAAUCAAGGUUUUCAUCCACUUUUCGACUACAAUUUAAAAAAAUAUUACCGUCUAAUUUCAGAGUAUUAGAAACAAAGCUAGGCGAAGCAUAUAGGCCAGUUUCCACACAGCUUUGCGUAGCUUUGGCCGACCUAUACCUUCAAGUACCUACAUGGAACAGUUUCAUCGCACAACUUUUGAACCAGUUUGCCGAGUAAGUUUAUUUUUGAUAUUAUUUGAAGUUUUUUGAAUGUUUUUGAAAUGAAUGACAGAUAAUGAUUAGCUAUUUGAUUAAAACUUGAGAUAAACGCACUGUGCUGAAUUAAAGAAGCUUGCACUGUGCACUUUUUGAUUUUUAAAUUGGGACAAAACUAAAUUAAGUAAAAGGUUUAUAAUGUUAUAGUAUGCUUAUAGGUGUCUUAAACUGACUUUUUGUUAUUUUAUUUCUUAAAAUUUAUUUGCUUAAUAUCUUACUUUUUUAAAUUUAUUAAUUUUGCACUGUGCAGAAUGAAAAAGUGCACGGUGCACUUUUAAAAUUUGAAAAUCUGACGAAAUUAAAUUAUGGAAAAGGUUUAUAAUAUUAUAGUAUGCUCCAAGGGGUCUGAAACAAACUUUUAGUUUUUUUAUUUUUUUAUUAUUAUAAUAAGUUAUCUUUUGAUGUCUUAAUUUUAAAGAAGUUGCACGGUGCAAAUAUUCUUAGCCAUUUUUCAGCGUAUGUUUAAUAGUUUUAAGGAAUUUUUGUUUUUAUUUUAAAAUAAUUUUUGAUUUCAGAAAAGCCCAACAUGACAUCAAGUUUGCUCAUAUUCUACUAGAAUUGUUCAAAGUUUUUCCAGAAGAACUUCAGAAUCAGAGUUUGAAGAUUGGCGACAACAGAAGAUACGCUGUACAAGACGAAUUGGCUAGUCAAACAGAAGCUGUCGUCUAUUGUUUGGUGGGUUAUUCAUUGGUUUUAUUUUUUUUGCGUUGGCAUGGGUGCGGACGGGGGGGGGAGAUACAUUUAGUGCUAUACUUUAUUAUAGUACAGUAAAUAUUUAACGUAAAAAUUGUUUUACAGUAAUGUUAAUGAAGUAGUAUACUUUUUCUUUUAGGAACUAAUAUGUAAAGCAUCCACCUCAGACCUCCAAACUAAAGCCAUAACAACAUUGGGGUCAUGGUUAACAAACAAGCGAUGCCCAUCUGAUGUCGUUUGUCGAAGUUAUUUUUUCCAUUCGAUAUUGGAUGUUAUUGUAAGUUCAGUUUUGAAUUUUGAAGGUUUUUUAAAAUUUUUUAUAAAAUUUUAAUUUUUGCACUGUGCAGUUUUUGAAUUAAAAAAAAAUUUGAAAUUAAAAAAAUAUUGUUGUAGGCAAAUCCAAAGUGUCCAGAGGACGUUCAUGUGGCGGCGAUCUCUACGAUAUGUCAAGCAAUGACAUUCUGUGAAGACCUAGCUCGAAACGAAGCCUUGGCCAAACUCAUAAUGGAAAAGACCUUCCAAACCGAAGCUGCUUUCGAUGCCGCAGGCAAAGAAGACGAUACUGAUAAGUAGGUCUUUGUAAUGGUUUUUAAAUUUUUUUUUAUAUUUGCAUAUUUCAAAAGACUUUGAAUUUCUGAAAUUUAAAAUUAAAACAAACUUUGAUUUUAGGUUAACAUCCUACGGCCGUUUGUACGCCGAACUCUGUAACAUGCUACUAGAGCCAAUAGUAAACACACCCGGCCACGACUUUGGAAACCUGAAGUCAUUGGAACUAGUGAACAUUGUGACGGAAUAUUGUGAUCAUUCUCUGGUUCAAACUACGUUUGACGUGUGGUACCGCCUAUCAGAAGCCUUAUAUUACCUAAAUGAUGAAGAUUUCCAGGAAAAAAGGGUCUUUUUCAGGCCGUUUGUGGAAAAGUAGGUUGAUAAAAGCACUAAAACUGACUUUACUGUAGUGUACUAUUUGAGUUUUGGCUAAAAUAUUGUUUCUAAAAGGUCAAAAAGUACAGAGAAAGCAAUUUUUGCCAUAAUAUAGUGAUAAAGAAUUGUCAAACCAUUUCAGAUACGUCAAAAACCUAACUAAAACUUGUCGAUUCGACCCGAAUUUGGAUGAUAUUCCAUCGGAAACGGACGAUUUUGUCGACUUUCGGUACCAAGCUCAGGAUAGCAUAAAGGACAUUGUCUUCAUAAUGGGCACAUUGGACUUGGUUGAAAGUGUAAGUGGUGUUUACGGUGGUUUGUAUUGGUAUAGGGUAAUUUUUUAAGGAAGAAAGUUGAUUUUCAGUCGAUUUUAUAGGAGUUUUUUUAUUUAAAAAUGUAUUUAUUGACUUUUAGGCUUGCUUAAAUUAUUGGCGGCUGCGGGAGAUAAGUGGGGUGGGUGAAUGGGGGUGGAUCUACUCGUUUGGUUUUUCAAUUUUUUGUGUGUUUUGAUAUUGAUUUAGGUAAAAAAUGAUAUUGCUUUAGGUCUAAAAUGAUAUAGAUUUAGGUCUUAAAAAGUUUAUGGUAAAGUACGACUUAUCGUAGUUUAAAAAAAAGGUUUUUAGGUUAUGGAAGGCAUUCAAGCCAGUAUUGAACGAAAUGCCAAAUGGGACGAAAUGGAAGCCGGCUUGUUCAUAAUCAAAGCGGCUGCCAGUUCUAUUGUAAAGUAAGUUCAACUUUAUUGAAAAAGGUAUUAAAUUUGUUUCAAAGCUUGAUUUUGGCGAAAUUUUAAAAAGGUUGGUCACGGUGUGGCAACGGAGUAAGGCACGGAACUGAAGUGCUAUGUACGGGCCAGGACACGGAGGAGGGCAUGGAAAAUUGCCAAUGCUUUGCUCUGUGUGAAACCCUUAAUACUGUGUUUUACUACUUUGGUUACUUCAGGGCUGGAUGUUUUGGUGUGGUAGAGGGGAGGAAAGGGACGAUAAAAAUUUUUUUGUGUUGAUUGGCUUUGUGAUUGCUUAAAUUUUUGUUUGUUUGUUAGCUUGAAUGGGCUGAUAAAGCUAUGGUUUUGCUAACAAACUUUGAUAAAACUUGCUAAUUUAUGAAAUUUCAGAGGUGAUGAGACGAUAACGCCAAGAGUUGUACAGCUCAUCCUUCGGAUACCUCACAAUGCCCACAUAAUGGUACUAAAAACGACCAUCGAACUUAUUGGAGAGCUGAGCGAAUGGUUGGCAGAUCGGCACGUGGAAAUUGGUAGGGUUUGGCGUUUUUAAAUUUUAAGUUUAGAAAUGGAUGGGGCGGAUUGUGCGGAUACAAAAAUUGGGCCCGGCUCUUUUAAAGGCCUGCCUUUCACAAAAAAAAGUUUUUGACAAAGCCAUUAUAAUUCAUAUUUUUAGUUGAAUGCACGGAAUGGCUGCUGAAACUAGAAGAACACAUGAUAAAACGCCUUCUGAAGACGUGGUCAGGAGCUCUACAAGCCGUCACUUCCGACGGAUUCACUCACUUAUCAACCUUUUUCGAAAAAAUGUACACAGCCUUGGAGUUGAUUCAAACUUGGGAGGGAAAUGUCAAGGAUAUUGAUGAGGCUGCUCAAGAGAUUACUAAAGGUAUUUUUUUAGGUAUUAAUUUGGAUUUUUGAGGAUUUUAAAUUAAAAAAUGGGGUACAAAAGUCUUGUCAAUUAUUUUCAUUGUCUUUUACGGCUAAAAGCGACAAGAUUUUUUAACUUUUUUAAAAGUUCUAAAUUUUUUAAAAUUUUUUUGGAAUUUUUAAAAACCGGUUGGCACUAAGAAAUUACAUUUGAAAUCUGGAAAAACCCGGCUGGCACUAAAACAAUCACAAGGUGAUAUUAUAAUCGUUUUUUUUUCGAAUCGAAAUUUGAUAUCAGCUGUUCGUUUUCAGCGGCCACGAACCUCCUGAACAAUCGGCCUAGCUCGGAAAUCGCUCAAGGACUGGCCACUCUUCUCACUCAUCCCCUUCACCAUUUACAAAAUGUGAGUUUCUAACUGAUUUUUGAUGAGAUUUUUGGUGUUUUGCAGUUGGUAUGAUAAGAAGUCUAGGGAAGAGGGGACGGUUACGCAUAUCAGGGAAAAAGUGGCGGUGAAAAAGGGUUUGGAUAGGGGAGAUCAAGAGUUUAGGGCAAGAUGGCGGUCAAGAAGUCUCGGGAAAGGUGUCGGUCAAAAAGUCUAGUGAAAUGUGGAAAAUAUAGUGACAUGUCUAAAAAGUCUUGUCGCUUUUUAAUGGAAAAAGGUUUGUAUAAAAGCGACAAGUUUUUUUUUGAUGUUUUAUGUGGUGCUAUUGGCAUUUGAAAAAAUAGGAGGCACGGCUAGGACUUGGCAUUUUGAAAAAGAGGGGGGGGGGUAUUAAAAUUUUUUCGUAAGUUCUUAAACGGGUUUUUUCUUGUUGAUCUUCGAAAAAUUUUUUUGUGGUUAAAAAGGCACAGGUAGUUACAGAGCAUUGAGGAUUUGGUUUUUUUAUGCUCUGUUAUGGCACGGCUAUUUGUAGUGGAUGUUUAUUGAUUUUUUGAAAGGGUGUUGGAUUUCAAGGCUUGUUGUAUGUGGAGUUUGCUUAUUGGAUAUGAAGUUCAGUGGACAUAAAAAUGCUUAUUCAAAAACUGUUUAUGUAGUCUUGUAACAGUUUGUUUAUUUUCGAAUCACUUGAGCAGUUUUUCGUUUUUAUUGUGUUUGUUCAAAGCGCUGUAAAUGCGACGAUUAACCGCGAUUUUCCUUGACCAUUACGACUUUAUUCGACUUUGAAGCGGAUUUUUAUUUAAAGUUUUUGUCGAUAAACUCUACCCAACCCUAUCUUACCCUACCUUACUCUGUCUUACCUUUCCUUACUCUACAUUUUUCUUUUUAUCCUAUCCUACCGUUUGUUAGCUUCGCUCUACUAUGAUCUACCGUGUCUUUUGUCUCUUCUUUUUCUACACUUUUUCUUCUUUGUUUUCUUAGCACUAUCUAUCUUGAAUAUACAGUAGUAAUUUUAUAUUUAAUAAUUUUGUCAUUUUUAAUAUGAAAAUUAACAAAAUUUCUUUAGAUAUGCCAAAACCCACAACUACGAGUUCAAGAAAAACAUGUCAGAACUCGAGAACAACUCUUUCUCGACCCGCUGGCAUGGCUCGACCGCAUCACCUGCGUAUACCGAGUCCUCAAGCCCUGGAGUGAACAACAAGACUUUAAGAAUAGAGUACAACUAGAACGACAUCAGCAGAUACCCGUAGCAUGGUACGAACACAGUGUUACAGUAGCCAGACAGAUCUCCGAAGUUUUCAAGACUUUCAAAGACGACUACAGAAUCAUGGAACAUUCGUGUCGUGCCGUGCGAUUUGUGGUCAGAUCGAUGGGUUGGCAGUCGAUCAACUUUAUACCGGAUUUGGCGCAUCAGGUAGGGGUUUUUGGGGGAAAGGGAGGGGGUAUGGGCUGGGAAUUUAAAAACUGUUUUUUAUUUAAGGGGAUAGUGGGGACGGAGUUGGGUUGGGUUUGCUUUUGAGAAAAAAAGAUUAACUUUAGGACUUAUAUUUAAUGGGCGGGGUAAAAAUUGUUUUGGGGGAGGAUUAAAAUUUUUUUUUGGUGUGGGUUAAGCAAGGUUGAUAUUUAAGUUCAUAAGUUAUUAUUUAAUGGGCGGGGUAAAUAAUAAAAAUUUUCGGGGGGAUUAAAAAAAUUUUUUUUUGAUUUUGAAUGAAAAUGCAUUUUUUGUUUUACAGUUGGUGGAAAUCUACAACGAAUACUCACAUUCUUGUAUCUUAUACUUGGCAAGUGUAAUAGUAGAUGAAAAUGGCAACAAUCCAGAGUUACAUGAAGGACUAAUUAAUUUGCUGAAGGUAGGCUUUUUAACGGUUUCAUAAGGUUUUUAUUUUUAAUGUUUUAUUGGCUAUUUUUUAUACACAGUUUUAAUAUUUUAAAAUUUAAAAUAAAUUGUGACAUUUUUAAUUCUACCUAAUUCCAGUACCUAUCCCAAAAAGCGUUUGCCGUCCUGAACUCGGGCGAAGGCCCGCAGCAACAUCCAGAAACCAUCGACGAUCUAUACCGUCUUUCGGUACGAUACUGUCUCCGCUUGCCAGUACCGUUCUUUCAAGAACAAGUGGCAGAACAACUGAUCGAAGUCGGCACCUACCUCAUUGAAACCCCACAUCAAGACGCCAACAAAUCGGUGCUGUUUUUCAUCACCGAGGUCAUCAACUUUGCUACCUCGGACCGAGUACCACUCCAGUACCAAGCAGGAGCACAAAUCGCCAAAAGUCUGAUCAUAAAGUACGGUAACAAGAUUGUAUGGCACUGUAUUCACGGCUCAAUAUACCACCUAUCGGCUCACAUUCAAUACGAGGUUGCCGCCGUUCUAAAGCUUCUUCUACAAAUUUGUCGGCCGGAAGUCGACCACUGGGUCGACGUUGCCAUUUCCAAUCUGGACAAGGACUCGGGCCUAACUGCCACUACAGAACAACUUCAAACCUUCAAAAUGAAGUUCAUGGCGGCAACGAGGACGGGCGACAUCAGUAAUGAACUUAGGGAUCUGUCAAGACUUUACACAUGA